UCUGGGACUCUUCUUCGCGCAACUGCUAGGAUUUCUCAAGUGCAUGUGGCAACUCAGCCCAGCUUCGGGUGGAAACCGGCGGGGCCCCGCAGGGUCUCGGAGGCCAGGGUAGCUGUCAAGGCUGCAGCGGGGACAGGAGAGGAUCGAGGCGCGGGCGGCGGGGGGAAAACGCCCACAACUUUCCACCCCAGCCGCAGCUCUUUCGGCCGCGGUGUGUUUCUUCCGAAACCACAGACAGCUGCGGAGCAACCAAGUGCAUGGGGCGCAACACUUCCCCUUGUUGUGGAAAGUAAAGGAGCCGUCCCACACUCUUUUGCUCUUUUCCUUUUCUUUCGGCUUGUCCUGGGAGCCUUUUCCUUCGGAGCAGCCGCUGUCCCGCGUCUGUCGGAGUUCGGAGCAGGGAAAAUCCAUCAGCCUGAUAAUGGAGGAGAACAAUGACUCCACGGAGAAUACCCACCAAGGAGGGCGGAAUAAUGCCAUGAAGUGUGGGUGGCUGAGGAAGCAAGGAGGCUUUGUCAAGACUUGGCAUACCCGCUGGUUUGUGCUUAAGGGAGAUCAGCUCUAUUAUUUCAAAGAUGAGGAUGAAACCAAGCCCUUGGGUACCAUUUUCCUGCCUGGAAAUAAAGUCCUUGAACAUCCCUGCAAUGAAGAGAGCCCAGGGAAAUUCCUUUUUGAAGUAGUUCCAGGAGGCGAUCGAGAUCGGAUGACAGCGAAUCAUGAGAGCUACCUCCUUAUGGCGAGCACCCAGAAUGAUAUGGAAGACUGGGUGAAGUCCAUCCGCCGAGUCAUAUGGGGACCUUUUGGAGGAGGCAUUUUUGGACAGAAACUGGAAGAUACUGUCCGUUAUGAGAAGAGAUAUGGGAACCGUUUGGCUCCAAUGUUGGUGGAGCAGUGCGUGGACUUCAUCCGACAAAGAGGGCUGAAAGAAGAGGGUCUCUUCCGAUUGCCAGGCCAGGCUAAUCUUGUUAAGGAGCUCCAGGAUGCCUUUGACUGUGGAGAGAAGCCAUCAUUUGACAGCAACACAGAUGUGCACACAGUAGCAUCACUUCUCAAACUUUAUCUCCGAGAACUUCCAGAACCAGUUAUUCCUUAUGCGAAGUAUGAAGAUUUUUUGUCAUGUGCCAAACUGCUCAGCAAGGAAGAGGAAGCUGGUGUUAAGGAAUUAGCAAAGCAGGUGAAGAGUUUGCCAGUGGUUAAUUAUAACCUCCUCAAGUAUAUUUGCAGGUUUUUAGAUGAAGUACAAUCCUAUUCGGGAGUUAACAAAAUGAGUGUGCAGAACUUGGCCACUGUCUUUGGCCCUAAUAUCCUGCGCCCCAAAGUGGAAGACCCUUUGACUAUCAUGGAAGGCACUGUGGUGGUCCAGCAAUUGAUGUCAAUGAUGAUUAGCAAACACGAUCAUCUUUUCCCCAAAGAUGCAGAACUGCAAAGCAAGCCUCAAGACGGAGUGAGCAACAACAACAAUGAAAUUCAGAAGAAAGCCACCAUGGGUCAGUUACAGAACAAAGAGAACAAUAAUACCAAGGACAGUCCUGGUAGGCAGUGCUCUUGGGAUAAGUCCGAGUCGCCCCAGAGAAGCAGCAUGGACAAUGCAUCCCCCACAGCUCUGUCAGGCAGCAAAAGCAACAGCCCAAGGAACAGCGUUCACAAGCUGGACGUCUCUAGGAGCCCCCCUCUUAUGGUCAAAAAGAAUCCCGCCUUCAAUAAGGGCAGUGGAAUUGUCACCAAUGGGUCCUUCAGCAGCAGUAAUGCAGAAGGUCUUGAGAAAACCCAAACCACUCCCAAUGGGAGCUUACAGGCCAGAAGGACCUCUUCACUGAAGGGGUCUGGUACCAAAAUGGGCACCCACAGUGUACAGAAUGGAACAGUGCGAAUGGGCAUUUUAAACACUGACGUGCUUGGGAAUUCCAUGAACGGUCGCAGCAUGAGCUGGCUGCCCAAUGGCUAUGUGACCCUGAGAGAUAACAAGCAGAAAGAACAAGCAGGAGAGUCAGGCCAGCACCACAGGCUCUCUACGUAUGAUAACGUCCAUCAACAGUUCUCCAUGAUGAACCUUGAUGACAAACAGAGUGUUGACAGUGCCACCUGGUCCACUUCCUCCUGUGAAAUCUCCCUUCCCGAGAACUCCAACUCCUGUCGCUCCUCCACCACCACCUGUCCGGAACAAGACUUUUAUGGUGGGAACUUUGAGGACCCUGUUUUGGAUGGGCCCCCACAGGACGAUCUUUCCCACCCUGGGGACUAUGAAAACAAAAGUGACCGGAGGAGUGUGGGAGGUCGAAGUAGUCGCGCCACCAGCAGCAGCGACAACAGUGAGACAUUUGUGGGCAACAACACCAGCAACCACAGUGCACUGCACAGUUUAGUGUCCAGCCUGAAACAGGAAAUGACCAAACAGAAGAUAGAGUAUGAGUCCAAGAUAAAGAGUUUAGAGCAGCGAAACUUGACUUUGGAAACAGAAAUGAUGAGCCUCCACGAUGAACUGGAUCAAGAACGGAAAAAGUUCACAAUGAUAGAAAUCAAAAUGCGAAAUGCUGAGCGAGCAAAAGAAGAUGCUGAGAAAAGAAAUGACAUGCUUCAGAAAGAAAUGGAGCAGUUUUUUUCCACAUUUGGGGAGCUGACAGUGGAACCCAGGAGAACCGAGAGAGGAAACACGAUAUGGAUCCAGUGAGCCUGCUUUCUCCAGCUGUCUCCACUGAAUCUGGGAAGGACUCUGGGGGUUCUGGUGGGAACAUUACAUGGGAUCAGGUGGCUGGUCACCUGGCUGUACAGUGCUCUGACUGGUGAAGGAAUAUCAUUUACAGACAUGACCCAUCCAUAUCUGCAAUGUGUACCAAAGUUAUAUCAUGCCCCAUAUGCUACUGUCAAGUGUUACAACUGGAUAUGUGUAUAGAGAGUAGUUUUUAAAAAGUAAACUAAAAAUGAGAAGCAUAUCUCAAGAAUUAUUUUAUUGCAAGUCUUGUAUUUAAAACAUUAAAUCAAUAUGUUGUUGCAAUUUAGCUUGCUUUCAAGCUUCACCCCUUGCACUUAACAUAAGCUAUUUUUGGCAUUGUGUUAUCAUCAGCUUAUUUUAUAGAUCAAUAUUUUUAUUUCCCUUUUUGCUGAGGAAAUGAAGAUAAGCAGAUAUAUAAAAAUAUAUAAAUAUAUAUAAGAUGAGUUAUUAAAAUCAAAAGAAUACUUUGUGGCUGUGCUGUUUGUGCCAAUAGACCUUACCAUGACCAAAAAGAGAAAUGUAAAUAAUUUUAUGAAAUAUAGUAGAAUUACCAGGAACCUUUGAAUUGCUCUUUAAAUUCUUCCUUUGACACUGCUCAGUUUUCUUUGUGAGAUGAUUUAACACAGACUGUAUAAGAAAAUACCCUUCUCAAGCCCCCUAGUCUGCCUUGCCAGUUCCACAGAUGCAUGUCUGCUAUACAGGAUGCACCUUAGAGGGGAAAAAUGGGAAAGAAAAGCAUUUAAGCGGUCUUGCCUUGAGUUACCCUGUCCUUCUGGACUGAAUCUCUGCAACUGCUCGGUGGUUACGGAGAAAUUCUUCCUGCCAUUUGGAAGUUGGGAAACAAUACUUGCUAAACCGCACCCACGUGAGCACCUGCCCUCCACUACGACAUCUCCAGGCAGUGAAAAGGUAGUCCUGUGUCCCCCUGGGUUAAACGGCUAGCGUGUGUGCCACAGAGUGACAUUUUUCUCUCACCUAGGCUGACUGUUCUGUUGUCAUCUGGGAUUCUCUCUGAAUGACAGUGAGAAGAGUUAUUCUGCAGCUAGAGAAAGGUGACGGAGGGAAAGGGGUCCAGAAAGAGGAGGAGACAAGUUUAGAAGAAACAAACUAUUUUGCUUCUAGUUUUUACAUUAUUGUUCCUCCCUGUUGAAAACAUAUCCAUUCACAAUAAUCUUAAAACAUGAAUCCUUAAAGGUCCAUUUUUGACAAACUUUUGAACAUCAGUAAUGACACAUCUCUAGAGAAGUUCAGGUCUCUGUUGGGAAUAUGGGGAGCCCCCAUGUCAGGAAGAUAAUGCUUUUGAAAAGCCAAGCAGAUAAAGUUUUUUCACACUAGAACAAAAAAAAGUCAUAAAGGCAUAAUUGGAAAUAAAUACUACUUGAGUUUAUGGGACUUGUGUUGUUUGAAGGUUCUAUGUUUGUGUGUAUUUAUUUAUGUUCGAGGCGAAGAGUAGUCUCGACAGCAUUCGUUCCUGUCACUGCGCUGCUUUUGUUCACAUCGUUUCGCUGAGCAAGCUUACGUGAUUCUUUGGUAUCAACCAAUAUCUACGGAGUGAUACCUUUCUUUAUCUUGAAUUCCCUUUCUCUCUCUUUCUAGUCCUUUGACUAGAUACUGCCACCUGGAUAGCUUAUAAAAAUUUCAAAUUCAAAAUGUGCAAAAGUGAUCUCAAUAACUCUCUCCCUCUGCCUUUUUAUCUUUUCCCAGUUAACAAAAACUUCAGAUGCAUCCAGGGUGCUAUGUGAUGCAAUAGGGAAAAACAAAGGCUGUGCAGUCAAACUGCCUGUAUUCAAGUUUUCUAUAAUGUGAGGUCUGUUAUUGAAUCUUCCAUGCAUCACCUUUUUCAUCUGUAAAAUGGAAAUAAUAAAAAUACUACUCUCCUGGACUUGCUAUAUGGUUUCAGUAAGGCAGCUGUGUUAAGGCUGAGCGCAGCACCUGGUAAAUAAUGACUCCAUGAAUGUCAGUUCUUAUUUUCUCCGCUCUCUUCACUUUUAAUUCACUCACCAUUACUGUCUGUACCACCCAUCUUCACCUUUGUAAUCUGCUCUCUUGUAUCAGUUUCUCCUCAUCUUUUGAUGAAAGCAUCUUACCUAGUCCCGUCUGUUCCAGUACCUCUCCUCUACCUUCAUCUUUUGCCAGCUGCCAGGUGACCAUCCUGUGGCCUUGCUAUUAACGUUUGAUGGCUCUCACAGAGGAAUGCCCUUCACACAAUGUGUUAGACCAUGACCUGCACCGUCAAUCUCAUUGCCGGCCACUUCCCUCACACCUGCCGUGCCAUUUCAUGCCUCUGGAACUUUCCACUUGCUAUUGCUGUGUCCAUCUAGAAGGCCUUCCUUCAGUCUGGCACAAUCUAUCUUUUUAUAAGAGCCAAAUCAAAUGUCACCUCCCCUAUAAAUCUGCCUAGGAUCUCAAUGCAGUACGUUACCUUAUAUGAUCCUAAUUUGCAUAUAUCUCUUUUAGCCUUUCCCACAUCUGAAUAUGUUCUUCAGCAAAUAAGAAGCACUUUAGGAAACAACAUGGUAAAAUGGAAAUUGCAGGAAACUGAGAGCCUGACAGACUAAGACAGGAAUCUCACCAUGCCUUAGGCAAGAUGCACAGCAAUGAGAAGUCACAUAACCUCUCUGAGCCUGUUUUUUCAUCUGUAAAGCCGGAGGUAUUAACUCCUCCGAAGUAGGGAUGUUGUAAUCCUUAAAGGUGAUGUGUGAAGUGCCUUUCCUAGUGCCUGCCACUCAGUUUCAUUGAUAGCUCUCUUGUUCAGUGGAGAUUCUUAAGAUACCAGACUGUAUCUUAUUGAUCUUAAAUCCCUCCGCCUCCACUCUUUAUGCCAUAGAGCGCCAGCAGGAAGAGUUAGCAAUAAAUUUGCUCUUUGAUUGAUAAAGGAUGCUGUUAUUAAUUUUAAUUAACGAUUUUGGCAUUGAUGACCUCCAGUCGAUGGAUACUAUGAACAGCUUGCCCAUCUGGGUUUCUAUUAGUUCUUCUAAUGCAGCUAAAAGUCUAGAAUGUAUCAACAGUAAAGUCACAUAAGCAUAAACUGGAAAUAAGGAGUUAAGUAGUAUCAAGAGUUCAUUUGCUACAUCCUAUAUACACUUCUUUAAAACUAUUUAAGUAACUACAAUGUUUCUUAAAUUAUGAGCUCAGAAGAAAGGAUUUGCUAACAAGUGUUGAGUCUAUAAUAUUGGUUUUACUAGUCAAACUAUAUGUCUGGGUGUCCUUUAGAGAACAUAGAAUUGCCUAUGACAUCAGGCCAACUGAAGUGUAGCUUUUAUACGUAAUUUUAUUGUGAAACAACUAAAAACUCCAAGUGGAAUUUAAAUAAUGUUAUUCCUACUUAUUUUUUUUUUAUUCAUAAGCUGAAUCCUCUUUUUUUAAAAAUCAGAUUAUUCCCAGGUAGGAUAGUUUAAAUCACUGAUAUAAUUAUCUCACCAUAGAAAUUCAGGAGAGUAUUAAAGACUGUGAUGCCAGCCACGAGCCCCAGAGUUCCUUACACUGCAGAGCUGCACCCCGCUUAGAGUAGCAUCAAAGGAAAAAAGGAUGCAUAAGCUUUUGUAUUCAGAGACCUGGAUUCAAAUCCCAGCUCUGCCAAUUUGUAGCUAUGUCAAUUUGAGAAAACUUACAUAGUGUUUGUAAGCCUUAGUUUGUUUUUCUGUAAAAUAGGAUAAUAAUAGUGUCUUUUCCUCAUUGGAAUUUUCUUUUCUUUUUUUUUUUUU